AUGUCCUCUAUUAAAUUAAUCUAUGAAGACGGUCAAGGAAAAAUCGUUAAUGAAGACGGAUCUGAAGCUUUGAGCCAAAUGAUUGAUGAAAACAGCCAUGGUCUCCAGACCAUAUCAACACAUUCUAGAUGUCUUGAAUCGAAAAAUACAGAUAUACUGCCAGAAGUCUCAGAGAAUGGCCAAACGGACGAUCGAGCAGGAAGUCCAAUUAUGCCCCCAGCGAAAAAAGGCAAGACUACUCGUCAGCGAAACACGUAUAGUGACGAAGAUAUUAUAAGGUUCUUCAAGCUGAAGGACGAGAAGUUGCUGAGUGCAAAUGCUGCAGCAAAGAAGCUGAACAUCAAUCCAAGAGUGGCUCAGCGUUGGGUGAAGAAGUAUGACGAAGAUCCGGAUAAUAUAUUCGUACGUGGCAAGAAAAGCGGUAAAAGACGAUUAACCGACGAGCACAAGAAGUGCAUCAAGGAAUUCGUUGCCAAAAAUGCGUCCGUCUACGUAAAAGAUGUGAUGGACCAUCUCAUUACUAUCUUUGGUGAGAUCAAUGUUUCGAGAGAGACAGUCAGGAGAUUUAUGAUUGACGAAUGUAACCUCACAUUCAAAAAAGGUGUACAAACGAGUAAGCAUUUGACAUCAACAUGCGACAAGGAAGAGGCUAAGGGCGUCAUUUAUGUUAGCUUAAGAGACCCAAAGUUUAGCAAGAAGCAGCCCUCCUCCGGCGAGUCUGGUAAAAAGGCCACAGCAAUCGAUCAUUUCUUUAUGUUUGUAAAGUCUAUCCUUGGUGAGAUGGAUAAGUACCCCGCUAUGGAAGGAAGCUUUCUGGUGAUGGAUAACGCACCGAUCCACCAGAGUGCAGGUAUGAGCCAGUACAUCGUCUCUAGGGAAUACAGAUCCAUUUACCUUCCGGCAUACCCCACAGAACUUAACCCUAUUGAAAUGUUCCGGAAAGUAGUGAAGGACAGUGUAAGAUAA